UCUGCUUUUACCUUUCACACUACACAUUUCGGACACUUCGUACAACUAGAUUUGCGCUGGAACCGGUUACUCUCGGUAUUCUACCCACGGCUUCAUCAUGAACUCCAUUGUAUGCGUCUGCCUCGUCCUGGCGGUGGCGUCCCUCAGCGCUGCCAUUGUCCUUCCCGAAGGAUUCCAGUUCCCCAACGUUUGCGAGGGAGUUCGAUGCCGUCAAGAGGGCUACCAGUGCGUCCAGCACAUGAACCCUAGCAUCUUCUGCACCGUCGGCACCCCGUGCCCUCGCAUCCCCAAAUGUGUCCGUGUCCCGAAAUCCGGCUUGUGCCCCCGCCUGGUCGAUAUGCCUAUGGGUACCUGCGCCCAGAUGUGCGGUGGGGAUCAUCAUUGCCUGGAUGACCAGAAGUGUUGCAGCAACGGCUGCGGUAUGCAGUGUGUGGAUCCUCUGUGGUUGUAGGCGGAACGAGACUCUGUUGUUGUUUUCUCUACUUUAAAAUAUGCUGAACAUCGCUUAUAUAUGUACGCAAAAGUGUUGAAGAGCUUUGUUGGUAUCGAAAAUAAUAUGUCGCCCACUUUGAAAAACAACGAAUAAACGCGAUACAUACUG